AAAUUCUUGAUUAUUUACUCUGAAAUUGUCACGACAAAUGUCUUCACGCAAUUUGUAGUUUCAGUCUUCUUGAAGAAAUAAAGUGAUUCAGAUGUGAUAAUGGAUUGCAAGGUGUUGUUCUGGCUGGUACAAAUCUACGUUCAAGUAAACAUGUAUAGUGCAACAGGCAUUUCAUCUAAAUUAGAUUUCGGUGAUCAACCUAAACUCAUAGCUGACUCUAAUAGUAGAUCACACAAACCAAUAAUCAACGAUAAAAUAAAACUAACUUACAAAGUAGGAGAAAACGGGGUUGUAUGUCGCUCGGGAGAAAACUGUAAUAACGUCAAAGUUGAUAAAUCGGAUGAAUCUAUCAACACCGACGUUGUGGUCGAAAUUAAAACAAAAGUUGGCGUAAUUAAAAACAAUAAAACUGAAGAUGUGGAUGACGUUCCCAUAAUUGUAGGAAAACUUGACAGUUUUGGCGACAGAAAUGAACCAAAACCACUUGACGCUUCUCCAGUGCCAAUUACCCCAACAUUCAAUGCAUUUCCACCGCAAAGUUUGUAUUUGGAAAAUGCAAACAAAGAGUACAAUUUCCCUUUAACGCUAACGCAAACUCAAAAUAAUAUAAGGGAUGAACAGGCUAUCCCCAAUACUCGUAUCAACGCAAAAGAAGAGACAAUACUCAGGAUUCCGCACUUCGACCAAAUCUAUCACAGUCACUACUUUGGGGAAAACCCACCUCCGCAAUUAAUUUGGUAUCCGAAGUCUUACGGGAUCGCAAAUUUUGAUCCCAAACUUGGAACGGUCUUCAAACCAUCGACUGGAGAAAGACCAGCGACAGGAUUCACCUGUACUUUCAAAACGGAGGCGACAAAGGGCUUGAAGUGGUAUCCGUCAAGGGGGCGAGUUUACACCAGCGGUGAUCCGGGAAGCCAAAUUAACGACAAGUUAGCGCCACUAAACUAAUAUACAAGAUCUUCACUCUAGAUUGUAAAGUUUUUCAAUGAUAAUAAAAUAAAUGUAAAAAAUA